CCUCCAGAUCUCGCUCUCAGCUCUCGAUUUUCAAGCUCCCGUCAUCUCGAUCUUAAACACCUCAAGCUCAAGCUCUCCAUCUCUCGAUUUGCCUCCCGAUCCAAGCAUCUCUCGAUCUCUGAAAAAAGGGAUUGUAGGAACUGCUAGAAGUCAACUGUUUCUUUUCGGACUAAUGACAGCCUCUGUAUUUGUUAGAAGAUGAUUGGAAAACCGGCAACAGCUGUUCUGUAUUCCCUACUUAAAGAUGGCGAGAAAAGGCCAGUUGAAGAGAUCAUUGUUGAUUUCUCCUCCAAGAUCUCUCGAUCUCUGCAUAUGGACAUCUGUUCUGCACUCGUCAUUCUCUUGGAGGACACACCAAAGUUUCUGAAACCCACCGAACGUUUGGUUGCGUUUGCUUUACUUCAUCAUUCAUAUUCCUCUGUACAAUCAUCCACCAAUCCCUACCUUUCUUUGCUCAUAAACUUUGCGUGUGACGAAAAAAACCAAGAUUUUGAAAGAGCAUUCAUCCUUCAUCUGUUAGGCUCGGCUAAAGAGGUGUUCAAAUUGUCAGCUGCAGAUUACAUUAACAAGUUUGAUCCUUCAUCUCACAAUUUUCCACAACUCGAGCAGCUACAGCACCAGUUCCGUGACAAAACCCAUCCCCAUCCCCAGCCGUUCAAUUGUUUCUUCAAGAAUGUCGCGAUAAAAAAUGUGAUCCCAGACCCUGAUGUUCCCCGUGGUUGUGAUGUUAAUUCGCCCGAGUUUGACUCCAAACCGAAGAUUGGAUCUGGAGACAGAGAAGAAACUGUGACCGGCCUGCUACAGAAUUUAUCGUUGGAAGGAUUGUAUCCUCGUUGGACUAGGCCUCGCCCACCUUUGCUUCCGAUACUCGAAGGAGAAUUGAUGUGGCUUAAUCCCGACAACACCCAUGAACCACUUUGGGAUUUCGGGAUGUGUGCUGAUACUAGCCGUGGGGCUGCGGUCCGUGAUCUAAUCGUGAAAGCAUUGAAGGGCCCGCUUGCACCUGCCCAACAAGAACAGGUUUUACUCGAGUUAACAUCAGACCCGAAACUCGUGUACCACUGUGGAUUGACUCCGAGAAAGCUGCCAGAAUUGGUGGAGAAUAAUCCCCUCAUAGCGGUCGAAGUUCUGAUCAAACUGAUGAAUUCACCGGAAAUCUCAGAGUAUUUCACGGUUCUGGUGAACAUGGACAUGAGUCUUCAUUCGAUGGAGGUUGUGAACCGGCUGACGACCGCUGUGGAACUGCCGACUGAAUUUGUGCACAUGUACAUAACCAACUGUAUAUCGUCUUGUGAGAACAUUAAGGAUAAGUACAUGCAGAACCGGUUGGUGCGGCUUGUGUGCGUUUUUUUGCAGAGUUUGAUUCGGAACAAGAUCAUCAACGUCCAGGAUCUUUUCAUCGAGGUUCAGGCGUUUUGUAUCGAGUUUUCUCGGAUUCGAGAAGCAGCAGGUUUGUUUAGGCUUCUUAAAACCUUGGAAUGAUUGCAUGUUUUUUUUGUUGGUUUUCUUAGUUCUUUCUGCAUAAAGAUUUGUGUUGGUUAUGGAUCAUCAGGGAAAUAUGGGUAUUUUGGAUAUGAAUUUUAA